AGCAGCAGCAACAACAAUGACAACGAGUAUCAGUAGUCCCAAGUCCAGCGCGUUGAUGCGCAGCCAGACGGUGAUCGGCUCGCAGUCGUUGCCCUCGCGCCCGGAGGAUCUGCGCGUGCGUGCCUGGUACGAGGAGCCCUCCCAGGACAGUCCCGUGUCGACGAUCGAGCCGCUGGGCACAGACCCACUGAACCAGGACGGCAGCAACACCAGCAGCGGCACCAACAACAACAAUCAUCACAAUCUCGAUCAUCGAGGAGGAGGAGGUAACAACAACGACGCCGCCAGCUCGACCCGUACCAGCAGCAUGGAGAGCGAGCAUCAUCCUCAUUCCCAGCAGCAACAGCACCAACACCAUCAGUACGUGUACCAGAGGCCGCCCUCGGUGCCGCGCAAGGCCUGCAUGGAUCUCCAGGACGCCAUAGCCCUGCUCGACGAGACCUGUCCCAAUCCCGACGUCAGUCCGGUCAUGACGCCUCGCACCCCCCGCACACCCCUGACGCCGCACUCGAGAAACAAGAGGGCCCGAUCCAAGAGCAGCGACAACUCGUCCAACUACAGCAGCGAGAGGCUGAACGACAAGUCGGCCGGCCAAGCCGAGACGCCGAGGGAGCGCAUCCGUCCCUUCCUCAAGAAGAUCGGUAUAUCGAUGACGGAGGACAGGCCGCUGCUGGCCAAGAUAGCGCCGCGAAUUUUAGGGGGUGGCGGUAAGCCCUACCUGGAGAAGAUCGGCCACAGUCGGGCGGUGGACAAGUCCUUCAUCGAGGAGACCAAUACGGGCUCGUCCGGGACUCUGGACAAGUUCACCUUCGACGCCGCUACGCCGAGUAGUAGAUCCAAAAGCAGCAAAGCAGCAGCAGCAGCAGCCAAGGAGGAGCUGGAGAGGAAGAUGGCUAGGGAGAGGCGCGACGAGAUUCGCGGAUUCAGCACGGGCGAGCGUCGCAAGUCCGGCAAGAACUUCCUGCUGAAGAUGUACUCGUUCGAGACGGAGGAUCUAGUGGAGGGCGAUAACAGGGCACCGGCACCGCGUCGGGAUCCUCUGCGUGGCGCCUCGCUAGACGACGUCCUCGAGUCCGGCUGCGAAUCGACGAGUCCUGUCACGAGUCGCGACGCUGCCGCUGCCCCCGAGCUGGUGCGCUGCAAAGUCACCACCAGCGAGGAGAUCAUCCUGCAGCUGUCCUCGUCGAGUCGCGCGAGUCUCAACUCGCCCAUGGAGAUCGCCAGCUGGGGCGCGUCGCCCAAACGACGCGCCGGCGCCAAUACCCCGUGCUCGCCGUCGAAGCGCGCGGCGCCCGAGCGCGUCGUCGCCGUCUACAAGGAUCUGGACGAGCCGAAGCAGACGACCAAGACGACGGCGACUACGUCGUCGGCCGAGGGCACCCUGGAGAGGCGCAAGAGUCGCAUGGAUCGUUGGGGUGGUGCCUCUUCGUCUUUCGAUAACUGGAGCGGAAGGAGCAGCAGCUGCGCCAGGGAGCGCGUGGCCACACCCGUGUUCGCCGAGAUCGGCGUCAGGAGCACCAGCAACGAGGCCAACAACAACAGCAAGGGCAGCUGCAGCUCGGUCUUCUCGAGCUCGAGCAUCACCAGGCAGGAUCAGUUCACGGAGAGCUACGCGGAUUACAAGCUGAGGACGCAGCAGGGCCAGCACGCCCUGAGGAGACUGAUGAUGAGCCACCAGGCCAGGCAGAGCAACAUGCCGCCCUCGUUCGACAUGGGCUUCUCGUCGAAGGAGGCCGCGCUGGAGAAGCGGACGUCCGAGGACUCGCCCAAGAUCAGAUCCAAGUCGGUGGAGACGGACAGGCUCAAGGACGAUCGCAAAAAGCAGCAGCAGCCCGUGGAUAAUGGCGUUGGUAGCAGUAGCAGUAGUAGCAAGCAACAGACGAGAACCAAGUCCGUGCUGAGGAAGCAGAAGCGCGUGGAGAAGGCCAACUACGAGCCGGAUAACGGUAAAAAAUUGGAGGACGACGACGACAACCCGGAGCAGACCGGUAAGAGAAAAUUGGUGCACGAGCCGUCGCAGGAGACCCUGAACCUUCUGCAGGAGCUGCAGAAGGUCAAGAGCUCGCUGAAGAGCCCCGGCUCGUUGGACGAGAAGUCGAUCGAGGACGGCAGCGGCGCCAACGACCCGACGACGACGGAGCCGCCGCUCAAGGCCUUUCCCAAGCGCGUCCUGCUCACCGAUCAGGAAUUCUGCCUGUCGAUCGAGCGCGAGAACAGCGUGAGAAGACCGGCACCGAAGAAAGAAGAGGUUGUCGAUGCGUCGUCGUCGACGUCGUUUUUCGAGAAACGAUGCCUGUCGCUGGACUACGCGGACGACGACAAAUCCUCGACGGCCAACGAGCGGAGAGCGAAAAAGUCCGAGGAACCGCUGCUGCUGCUGGAAGAGACGUCGCCGUCGAACGUGUUUGAGACACCGACGACGGAGAAGACGACUGUGGUACCCGCCAAAGCCAAGCACAAGAAGGAUCGCGCCCCGGAUCCGCCCAAGGAUCAGCUGCUGCUACCGAAGCCGCCUAGUAACAAUAGUAAUAGUAAUAGUAAUAGUAAUAAUCGUCGUCAGCAGCGUCAUUCCGAUAGCGACGCGACCAACAACAACGGAAACGGCAACAAUCAAUUGAGCCCGAAGCGUCGCAACCAGAGCGAGUCCACCUCGCCCAAGGCCACCGCCUUCCGGGUGAAGAAGCGGCUGGGCCGCGUCUCGGUCGAGGACAAGGACAAGACCCUCAAGCAGGAGCAGAGCUUCGCAGCCGACGUUAACGCCGAUAAGGAACAGCAGCAGCAGCAGCAGCAGCAGCAGCAAACGACGACCACGACUACCAUGACCAUGACCACGACCACGACCACGACCACGAGUACCAACGUCGCCGCCGCCGCCGCCGCCGUCGCUGCCAACGUCGUCGUCGUCGGGGGACAGAAGAGGGCCAAGUGUCUGCCGUUAUAACAGACGAGAAACAAGUCGAGCAGUGGCGCUGCAUCUGCUGCUGCUGCUGCUGCUGCGGCUGAUGGUGGUAGCAAGAAAUGACGAGCGAAUAUUAUUAUUAUUAUUAUUAUUAGGAUGGUAGAUAUGUAUUGUAUAUUGAAAGUCCCACGCACACACACGUACAUAAGUUAUACACUCUAUUACUACUAGUGUACUACUACUAUAAUACUAUUAAUAACAUAAAAUGAAAAAUGAAAGCAUAAGCUUGCGGACCAGUUUUUUAU